GAGGCGACAUACGACACACAUUUUUUUCCUUUUUGCUACCUUUGUCUCUCCUUGUUUUCUUUCUUUAUCUUUUCGUCUAUUCUUUCAUCCUUUAAGGUUUUUAUCAACAUCCAACAAUAGAUCUUUCUGCGAACUAGCUAUUCUCUCACCCCUCCGAACUACCCCUACACACAACAGUCAAGAUUUCUCUCAAUGUUGUUAAAUUUCAGAGUUCAGAAGUUCGAUGUUAGUCUUGUCGAGAAGAUCAGUUCAUUCGUGAGUUCCAGUAUUUGUACUUCGAGUUAUCAGGUCAUUUAAAGUGUAUUCGUUAGUUGGUUCGUGUAAAUAUUUUAUUUUCGCGUUCAUUCGUCGUCGUGCUAAAUAUACUUAGCAGUACAUACUUUUAAAAAUAUCUUUUAUCUGUUUACACUUGUUAAAUAACAAUUCGAAAAAUCAUGGCUUGGUGUGGAACAACGAUCAGCAAAGAUUUCGAGGGUCAAAUCGCCGAUUUGGAGAACGAAAUAUCAAAUCGACAGGUGAGCGUGCUCGAGGCACAAAUAUACUACGAACAUCUCGCAUCAAUUUACCAAAAAGUCGGCGCUUUCGAGAGUAAAAUUAAAUCAAUCCAUUAUUAUGGAAACCCUCAUCAACUAUCCACGUGUUUAAACAUACUUCGUAUGGUCUACUUGAGAGCUAUCAAACUUGAAAUAAGAUUGAGAGAAAUUUUAUCCUCGGCUGAAUGUUCAACGACGCCGAUUAAAACCAUGGUCUUUGGACGAUCUAGUCAAGCUAAAGAGUCAACAACAUCAGAGCCGGUGCCAGUGGUGCCACAGUUAGCUGAGGCAGCGGCGUCAGCGGCAGCACUGUGGUGGAAUUUGCCGGCCAAUAUCGACCACAAACAGACUGCUAAGGAUGGUUCAGCAUUCAUCGCAGAAUUUUCGAACGAAUCCAAGACACCUCAAUCCAAACAAACCGAGUCACCGGAACCAGAAAGCACCGCCGUUCAGCAAUCUCUAGUACUCAAAUUAUCCGAACUCGAGACUAGAUUGCAAUCACAUUUAGACAAACUUGACGAACAAGCUGCAGAGUAUGGAAAUGGAUACGAUGAAUACGACAGAACCGAAACUGAUUAUAACACAGACGAAAUCCUCAUCUCUCUGGAUGAUAAUUUAGAUGUAUCUAAGGAAAUCCAAAGUACAGUAAGUUAUCUCGAAGGAACCCUGAAUAAAUUCGCCGACGAUAACAAACAACGUGAAAAAACUAUUCUCGAUAAACUGAAUGAACUCCUGAAAGCGAACAAAUCCCAGAAUAAAGAUUGUAAAUGUAAAAAAAUUGAUCCGAUGCCAAUGGUUGAUCUCACGCAGCCUAGCACUCGUAAUUCUUCUACUUCAUCAUCAUCAUCAGGUUAUUUCAAUUCAUUUUUGAACCAGAACUUUCCGCCGUAUUUGUCGUAUCCGACUCCGGCGCAAUUCCCAAUAGGAUCCUAUGAUUCUUCGACCAAACCAAUUCGUAAAUAGAAAACAUAAUUCUAAUUGAAAAAAAAAUUAGGACUUAUGAGUGAUACUACUUGGUUUUGAAUUUACUCUUUCUUAUUCGUAUACUAUUCAAAUAUAUUAUGCAUUUUAAACAUAUGAAAUAUUGUAAUCGACUUACUUUUUUUAAGCGUUCAUAAUUAUUAUAAAAGUUUCAUAAUUUUAAACUGCAACUAUAAUAUUCAAAUUUAGAAGAUUUUGUUAGAAUAGUUGUAAAAAAAUAAAAUAUACUUUUAUCAACAAAUAUGAUUGUUCAGACUCC